CGAUGCCGCGGCGGAGGGCCAGCAGAAGCAGGAGCAAGCGAUCGAACAGCGCAACGAAGUCUCGCCAAAGGCCGAUGAUGGCUCUGAAUCAAGUGAUGUAGAGCUCGGGGAGUUCAAGGACCCCGCACAGAUGACUCUGGAGCAGCUGGAGGAAACACAAAAGAUAUACUUGCGCCGCUUGGAGCGCGAGGAUUUGGAGGAGGGCGAGUGUCCGGAGCAGGAGGACAGUGCGGCACAGAAAGAGCGCUCGCUGACGCGUCGCCAGGAUCUGCAGAUACUGCGCGCAGUCAAUAAUCGCUCCACGGCCCUGCAGCGUUUGCAGGUCGAGCGCCUGCAAAAAUUGGCCAAGAAAACGAACGGCGGCGAUCAGUGCCUGAACGACAGAAUCGACCAGUGGCUGGAUGAUAGCUGCCGGGACAGGGGUAAGCUCAGUAAGAAGGACAAGCGGCUGCAGGAAGUGGCCAAAGUGAGGCUCAGAGCCUCGGACAUCUACUCGGACAGCUCGAGUGAUUCGUCCGCGUCGAGUGAGGCAGACGACAAUGAGGAUAGCCAAAAAUGUAAGCCCACGACUGCCAGUCCCACCUUGCUCAGCACACUGGAUGAGCUGCACGAUGUGGUGCUCACACGCAGCCAGCUAAUCGAUUUCGUGGACAAGCCCAUAUUCGAGCAGACGGUGAUCGAUUGCUUCGUCCACAUGCCCAGUCACAAGCCACAGUCGAAGGUCUAUCAGAUAAUUGGCUUGCUGCAAUCGCGCAAGACGUACCAGCUGGGCAACAAGACAACGGAUUACAUGCUGCGCCUACGCCACGCUAAAUUGGAGAGCACUGCCCGCUUGGACGCUGUCUGCGAUAGCCCAGUCGAGCCGGAGGCAUUCGAGAAUUGGAUUGAAAGCUGUCAGCAGGCUUAUUGCACACUGCCGGAGCUCUCGCUGCUCGCCAAGAAGCAGAAGGACAUCGAGAAGGCCACCAACUAUCAGUUUACCGAAGAGGAUGUGGCCGAAAUUGUUAAAAAGAAACGGGAGUCGGGCCAGCGGAAGGAGAAGGUCGCUGUGCUCAAGAUACGGCUGAUCGAGCAGCGCGACCUGGCUCUGACCAACAACGACCAGGAGGAGGUGGCACGCUUGGAGAGCGAGAUUGAGGAGAUCGAUCGCGAUCAGGAAAAGUCUCGCUAUGGUUAUUCACGCCAUCAGCAGGGGCUACGAUUCGGCGGUUCAUUGCGCACUGGUCUUACCCCAUAUGUGCCGAAAAUUGUGUUGCCAAAAUCGCAGCAUCGCCGUGAAGCCGCUCUCGUUCCAGCCAUACCGCAUCGCCAUAAGCCAGCUAGACGUGGCCCUGUUGUUGUUGCUGCUCGUCCGAUACCAGCUGCUGCGCCGCCCGAUACUGAUGCUGAUGCUCUGACUGCCGAUGAACCGUAUAUACCGCGAUUCCUGAAAAUGGCUGAUAAGGCUAAAGCUUCUGGGCGUCCGGCCAUCGCGGCUGUUGCUCGCCUUCCAAAACCGUUGCUGGCCAAACGAUCCUUUGCCGAGAGCGCCCCCAAGCCAGAAGACGCCGAGCUGGAGCACUUCAUGAAGCGCAAAUACCAGAAAAGUGCCAUUGGCAUGCGCAGUCGUGAGGCCGAUGACGCGAGGCUGACGAAGUCGCAGAAGUUGUGGCGCCGCACGAACCAAGGAAGAAUCCCUCCAGCAACCUGUUCGAGCUGCACGAUUUUCAAGUGGACGUAGACACCUCAGCAUUAGGUCUUUUCGAUUCGAUGAUGUUUGGAGAACGUCCAGCCGCAGAUCCAGCGUCGGGAGAGCCGGAAAUUUAAGACAAGUUGUGAAAAAUAUGUUUAAUCAUUAAUAAUCUAACCAGCAAUUCGAUCCGCAGUCAGUUUAGCUCUCCCACAGCAAAUGCGACUAAUUGAACAACAAUUUAGCCAACAAAUAGACACAGGCCUCCGUCCGCAUAGUCCUCCAUUUCUCUCCUUCCAAACGACACGUACACCACUUUCCAGCCUGUCAACACGGCCCGCAGCGUGUUUUGUGUGCUGCUCCAAUCAACCAUUCCUCUGCUGUGCCGCCAAAAGCCUGUCCUAAUCCAAUCGAAUUCGGUUGUUGGGCAAUUGGGAGACUGGGAGCAGCA